AUGUCCCUAGACUUAACACGUGCCGAAGCAACUACCGCCGCUGAAAAUGUACCCAAUCUUCAGCAUCCCCGGAGAUUGCAACUUCCAGACUCCUCUGCCACAUCAAUAGACGAGGAGGAUGAAGUUAUUGGAUUGCGAGUAGAUGGUGGCAUGGGAUUACGACGUGCAGGACAGUGGGGUACUCUUGAGGAAGCUUUGCAGUUCAGACGACACAGUGACCUCAGUUUGGCAGAAGCUGUGUCACCAAGAGUCACAGAACCUGAGGGAGAGCCUGUCUCACAUAUUGAAAUCAGUGGCUCUACCUCUAUCACUGACAUCUCUUCCACCCAGUGGGUCACGGCCUCAGAGACCUCGAAGAGCAUUACACUUCACCACAGAGAGGACGAAGAUCAGGAUGAACCUCCAGCACUGCCUUCCACUCCAGCUCCAGUGGGAGGUACCACAAUCACAUUACUGGACGGUGAUGCAACCAUUACGGGUGGGAGUGUGGAGGUCACACCUGUCACAGUUGUCAAAGACACAGGUGUCGUAGUUGUGCAGGCUAACCCUCCCACAGCUGAGGAGAAACAGGUCAGUAAUUUCACUGUUCAACUUCGUAAUGUGACUACACAGGAAACCCACACAACGAAGACCAUCCCUACAAGUAGCAGUAGCAGCAGUCGCAGCAGCCUGAGCAGUGACAGCGAGGUGGAGGGAAUUGCUCAUCACGAGGGUGGCAAUGUGGACGGCGUGACUGUAACAGUAGCGCCCAGAGUGAGCAGUGUAGACAUCAGUGGCCCUACCUCCAUUACGACUGUGCCCCCUCCUGUGCCCCCAAAGCCUCGAGGUUCUCGUGCACAGUCCCCUCCCCAGCUUGUAGUUCCCUUACAGGAGCCUGCACUCGUGACCGUGAGGGAAAACGGCGCCGUUGUGGUCACGACGGAUUCCCCCCACGUGGAGAGCCUGACCCUGAGCCACAGCGGGACGAUUACCAGGGAAGGAAUUGAGAGUGUCAUUCUGAGCCCAGCAGUUACAAACAUCGAGAGCGUCACACUCGGCCCGACCAUCACAAGGGAAAUUACCAAUAUCGAGGGCGUAACGCUAGGGCCGUCUGUCACCCGAGAGACUAUUGUGGUGGAAUCCUCAGAGAAUGGCAGCAGUUUCCCCACUCAUCUCCUGCGCACCGACAUGUCGUCUCUUCCGCAAAAGUCUCUCACGCAGAUCACGGUUGACGGAGGUGGCUACACGGUCACCGAGGGCGCCCUCAGCAGGACGCUGAUCAUCUCAACGCCCGCGACUCCCGCCCACUCUGCCCCUGGCCCUGACUCCCCGCCGCCCACGCUGCAGCCCCCACAGUAG